AGUCUGGAUGUGAUGAAGAAGUCAUGCUUUGGUGCUUUUGGACACUCCAGAGGGUUAAAGGUUAUGUCUUUGAGUUCUUUGGUAGUAAAUGGUCUCUAUAAUCUUAGUAAGAGCAACAGUAUUUUACGAACUGAAAAAAAACAGCAGCUAAUGCCCUUAAAUGGAUCCAACAAGCAAAGCUCCAAGGUAGUUGCUAAUUUCUAGCAUUCGUUUUUAGGUUAACUAGGCAGUAAACUUAAUUUUUGCAGUGGUUUAUGAUGUAAGAACCACUUAAGCAGCCAACGACAUAAAGAAACAGUAUGGGUGACUAAAGUAACAACUACAAAACAACAAAAGAUGAAGAUGGGACGUUUUUCGAGGAGCAUGAAGAGAAGAGACACAAUUCUCACUGGAGUGUGAAACGUCAUUCAUAUUUGCAAGUCGAGUAAAUUUCCACUUAUAUAAACAACACAGUGUGGAUAUGCCUCCAGCAUCAGCAGCACUAAGAUUAUCCCCUGUUCCAGACAGAGGUUUGGGCUUAAGUUUUCUGCUUGGAAACGACUAUGAAAGGAAGAAGAAGAAACUUCAGCAGGAGCUUCAACUGGAGUACAAACAAUUUGCUGCCCAGAAAAAGGAUCUGAAAAAAUGUGAGCCUUGUCGGCAACCCCAGGGUCUCUCCCUACCAAUUGAUGAGAAUAUAUCUGUUCAGGAAAAACUAAGAGAGGAGAGAAGCAAAGAAUAUAACCUCUUCCUACAAGAAAAAGCUCAUAUUGGAAGGUUAAAGAGGGGCGCACCGUCUGUCACUUCAAAGGUUCAAGCUUCAGAUGCUGUGUACAUUCCUUCUCCAGCUUCUCCUCCACCAAUCCUCAACACCCGUACAAACAUACACCCUCCUCCCAGGGAACGCUCUGCAUCCAGGAGAGAUGCUGCCACUCUGACUGAGGUAGUGGAUAAUGGAAAUAGCACAGGAAGUCACGGUCGAGGCCAUAGGAGACGGAGGCAUUGGCAAAUCCAUAGACCAAAAAAGCAUUAUAGCUCUGAGGAGGAGCCAAUCACAGACAAAGAGGAUGAGGUGGAGUUCAGACACAAGAGGCAACAAGACAGACACACUCCAGAGCCGAAGUAUAAAGAGGAGAGGAGAAACAGAAAAUACAGAGCUAACAGAACUCCUCAGGACACAACGAAGGUAGAGGCUGCUGGUGUUCAUGAUCAGAACAACAACAAUGAAGUGGUUUUGAAUCUACAAAUGCAAGACAGCAUGGGGACGACUGCAGGAUCUAGACCUGCUACCAGCAAGGAUAAAGCAGAGUUUUCUACUGGACUAUUGAUUGGAGCAGCAGAAGACCAGACGGCCUCUCAGAUGAGGAGAGAGCAGUAUAGGCAAGAGCUGCUGAAGCAAAUUGCUGAGCAGCAGAGAAACAAGAUCAGGGAGAGGAAACUUGAGCUGAGAGUUGCUGCAACUGGAGCCACAGACCCUGAGAAGCAGCCUGACAGAAUUAAGCAAUUUGGGGCAGUGAAUCGGCAACAUGACAGCUUGAGACGAGAUGUCCCCUACAAGCCCGGAAUAGAUCUGGAGGCUGUAGGGAAGGACCCAAAUCCAAAGCCAAAAGAUGACAAACCCACUGAGCACAUAGAACAGAUAACCUCUCCAGGAAAGUCCCAUGUGGACUACAGUACAGCUCUCAGUCAGCUGACUGGAAAGACAAAGCCUUGGUCCAGAACGAGAGCAGCAGAGGGUGGCUCCACACUGGACUAUUUUAAUGAGGACUACCACAGGGACUUCUCAAACAUUCUAGGAGAGGUGACCAACCCGAGGGUCGGUGGUGUUCCUCCUCCUGUUCCUCCUACUGUAACUAAUAAUUACAAGACUCCAUAUGAUGCAGCUUACCACUACUAUGGAACCAGGAAUCCAUUAGAUCCUAAUCUUCCUUACAAUCAGAAUGAUCUGCCCGGAGGGGUGCAGCAGUUUGGGAAUUUCCACAGUCCUCCUCCUCAAAGACCACCUCCUCUCAAACUCACUGGUCGUAUGGAAGCAACUGAUCAGCAUCGAGCCUCUCCUUUGGAUUUUGGAGAGCAUCCUGAGGAGAAGUCCAAGCAGAGGAGAGAGAUUGCUCUGAGCUACCAAGAAGCACUCAGACAGCAGAUCAAAGAAAGAGAGGAGCUUAAAAGAAGAGAGAAAGAAGAGAAGGAGCGAUAUGAUGCCAAGAUUGAGGCCGAGAUGAUGGCAUACGAACCGUGGGGGAGAAGUGGGGGAGGCGCCCCAAUUAAGGACCAAAAAGGCAACCUUGUUAGUGACCUGAAUCAAAUGCACAGGACCAACGAGGAGUCAUAUAGGAAUCCUUCAUCCAGGAAUAGUGGACAGGCACAAAACUUUUUGAUGAGGAAUGGACACACUCCAAGAGCUUCCCAUCGACUAUCAGGUUUCAGUGAUCAGCCAACUCCACAGCAGCUCCACGUGCAGGACAGGUACAAAGAAGAGCUGAAACGACAGAUAGAGGAAAAAAAGCAAAAGCAGAUAGAGGAGACAGAACGAAUGAGGAUUGAGGAGGAGAAAGAAGAGAAGAGGCUGGCGGACCAAAGGGCUCGAAUACAGCGGGAAUAUGAGGAGCAGCAAAGCAAGCAAAAGAAGAUUGAGCAUAGACUGGAAAACCAAGAUUGGAUCCAUGUACCUAAAACACAACACAAGGAGAAGGAAAAGAGGAUGAGACAGGAGAAAGAGAUUGAGAAAAUUGUACCUGAGAGUGCCAGAGACAGAGAGGAGAAAAAGGCGCAGUUGAGCUAUGAGAGAGAGCCAUCCCCUCCCAUCCCCACCUUGCAGAGGAAGCAGACAAACCUUGUGGCAUCCAGACCUCCGUCUGUUGUGAGCCAACUCUCCGCCAGGACUGAACGCACUGUGUCAGCACCACAAUCCCGACCAGUCCCUGCAAAAGUACCCCAGCUACAAGAUGGUCAACAGGAAGUGAUCCGAGAGCUGUCGGCCCUCCGGAGGUAUCUGAGGAAUGAGCAGAGACAACUUGAGGUUCAGCUUGGCCAAGCAGAUCGACAGGAGAAUCACUACACUCCCCCGAACAGGCCCAGAGGACGAGCCAGAGUGGAUGCCUUCGAAUCAACGCACAAGCAAGCUGCCCAGCCAUCAGCCAGGAGCCCCUCCACUGGUGCUGCACGCGUUAAUAUGCAGAAUAUCAGGGAGUUCAACCAGCUUAAAUACAGAGACACAGAAUCUCGUGAGGAAGUCCGUCACAUGUACCCUGACCCUCCCACUGAUGCACACACUCUGGACAUCCAGCAGCAGGCACUUCUUCGUGAACAACAGCGCAAAAUCAGGCUCAUGCAGAGAGAGGAAGAGUACGACUCUUUGGAUCAGAAACCAAGCCUCUAUCAUCCUAGGAACAAACCUGGACGCUACAUCCACAGAGACUCUGUAUUGCCAUCUGAGACUGCUUUUAUUGAUGUUUACAGUGGCGAUGCACGUGAAGAGCGGCUUCAUCAGCAGACAACCCGCCAGCCUUCAGCAGGACACCAGGAGAGGACAGCCCCACGGAGGAGGCGUGACUAUGAUGAGGCGCCUGUCUCCAUUAAUCAGAGGGACCAUAACAUCCAGCCAGAAGAUCAGUCUUUGCAGUCAGCGACUAGUUUGAACCUUGAAUCUAAAGUCAGUGCUAACAACCAGCACCGCAUCACCAGACACAGCAGUGGUGAUCACAACGGCAGAUCAGAGGGGCCGCCUGGUGAUGAAGUGGAUGGCUUGUCUCUGCGUUCUGCCCUGGAGAGGCGUGUCUCCAUGGAUACUGUUGCCACAGAGGCCUGGUUGCGGCCCGGCACGUCGGAUACUGUGAAACGCUCCGGCUGUAGGGAGAGGCCUAACAGUGGGACGGCUGCUCCACCAUGGCUGACACACCGAGUCACAUAGCUGCUCUCCAAACAAGUGAGGCUGGUUCUCUGCCAGUUCCUCUUUCCUUUGCAUGGCUCUCCUGAGAACGAACAUCGUUGCUGUGUGAUGCUUUAAUCACUUUCUACUGUUCAACAUGUUAAUUGUGGGUGUUUGUUAUAUAUAACAUAGCUUCAAAACAUGCCAGUAAAAAUAAUAAUGUCUGUUAGUUUAGACAAAAACCAUCUUACGCAAGACUGUUUGUUUCUCUCAGCAUGAAAAGUGCACAUUUUUUACCCUGCAAUUGAUUUAGUCCAUGGAAGUUUUGUAUGUUCAUAUCUGUGAAUGUGCCAUAAACAUAUGGACUUGUUUAUGUAGUUAUUUUUGUUAUAAAUAUAAAUCCCGGAGAGUUUAUUUUACAAUAAAAUGUUAUUU